CGACGUGGUACAACCCCCUGACUGACUGACGGCAGAGGGGACGACUGAGCAGCAGGAAGCGGCAUAUUUCCCUGCGAAAACAUUGAAGAUUUUUGUGAGGAGAGUCAAAGCAGACUGUUUAGCCUGUCUCAGUUCUGAGAGGGCACAGCAUGGCAGCGGUGGGAUCCAGGGCAGGACUCGACGAAGUACAGACGAGCACAGAGUGGCAGGACGGAUUGAUAUACAUGCAGAGCUGUGGUCAGGGAGAAGGGGUGAGUGUACAGAAGAUGAAUAAAGGGCCCGGGAGAGAGUGGUCUGCCGAUGCCAACACACAGCAAACAAAGCUUCUUUCCUUCCCACGGUCUUCUGGUGUGGAUUUACCUUACAGGAGUCCUGAGUCAGUGGAGAUGGAUGAGAUAAUGGCUGCAAUGGUGCUCACAAGUCUGUCUUGCAGUCCAGUGGUCCAAAGUCCCCCACAGAGAGACCUCCUCCCAGGGGACAUGGAGUGUGGUGGAGGUGAGCUGUCUGACAGUGGCAGUAGCGGUUACUGGAGCUGGGACCAUGGCAGUGUAAGUCCAGCUCCCUCUCCGUCGGUCACCGAGAUGGACAGAAGCCCGGGUCAACCUAUAGAUGAGGGAUUGCACAUGGAACUGGACCAAGCUGCAUGUGAGGAGCUGGAGGCCAGGAGGUGCAAGAGCUUGAGCAGGGGAGCAUACAGGUGUCUGUGGCCUGGCUGUGGGAAAGUGCUGACAUCACGAGUUGGAAUGAAAAGACACAUUCGUAUUCUUCACCUGGGCAGGGGCUCAGAGCAGUCUCAUAGAGAGGAAGACUUCUACUACACAGAGGUCUCCUCUGAAGAUGAGGACACUUCUUCUCCUUCUCCCUCAUUCUCUAGCGGGGCCUGGACUCCCUGUGGGUCCACACAAAGACAAUCCACCCCAGUCCAGUCAAGCCCUCUCAGCCAAUCAGCUCCAAGCAGUGUGUGGCAGAUUCAUACUGAACAUCUCUAUCAGGCCUGCACGCCCAUUCAGAUCACAGUCUCUCCAGGCUCACCCACCUUUUGUAGCUGGAUUCCGCCUGGUGAUGUCCAGCAGAAACGUCAGAUUCCAGCAUCUCGCAGCCGGUCAGUGAGUGUUGGAGAGCAGUGGCUACAGCGUAACAGCACCCCCACCAGAUCACAGACCAUGAGUGCAUCUCCCUCCAGAGGGCACUGUUCUUUCAGGAAGGGCCGAGGUGAUGCCAAAAAGUGCCGAAAAGUUUAUGGAGUGGAACGCAGGGACCAGUGGUGCACUGCCUGUCGUUGGAAGAAAGCCUGCCAACGAUUCCCAGACUAAAAAAAAAACAAAGACUUAAUGAGACAUGGAAGAAUCUCCAUUAUCUUUCUUUCCUCCAACUAUUUCUGCACUGUAGAGGAUCCCUAUUUUCAAUUUUCUACCUUUUUUUUUCCUACCGGAGUCAAGUGUUUUUGUUAUGUUUUUCCACAAAGUGAGCGCUGGUACUAGUUGUCAAGAAUGUGUGGAGUAGUAGGAUUCCAACCCCUCCUAAAGACUAAUGUGUAACCCUGAAUCUGAAAAAGGUUUUUUUUUGCUGCCCCAGUCCUGCACUACAUACACACCUGAGAUAUUUAAGUGAUUUUUUUUGUAUACUGUGGACAGUGUAUUGCUUUGAUGUUUUUUCUAUUGCUGUUUUGAUAGCCUGGAAGCUGAAACAGUGUAAUGUCAUGUUUUGUCUUUUUUUUUUUUACGUAUUUACUCAGAAUUUUGUCAACUUUAAGUUUAGCAGGGUUUGACUAAGGUCGUUUGCCAUAGCGCUUCCUAAUCAGUCUAAACUGCCAGAUAUAAAGCUAAAGAGUUGAGUGAAAGAUGAGACCGAUGUUAGCCAUUAUAGUGGCUAGAGUGUGUUUACGAUGGAGAUAAAAGUGCAGCUAUAAACUUUUGAUUGAAUACCAAAGUGCUAUUGCAAAGCUAAAGGGAGUUUGACUGAACACUGCCCUGAGAACAGUUUGGGCUUGCUCCUUUUGUAAGUUUCUUGUCAUCCUUCCAAACAGUGUUAAGGUCUUACAUGUACAAUACUGGAUCAUAACCUAGGGAACAUAUAAAUGAUUUGAAAGUGUAACACUAUAUUGAAAAAAGAGAGAUAUUGUUACGUAUUAUUAAAAAGACACAAGAUAAAAUA